AUGGAGCCUGGUGCUGGUCCUUGCACUGAAGUCACGGCCCCGAAGGCUCGCCAUGAUGAACUCACACAGAAGUACAGCCAACUUUCUACCGAAUGUGACCACCUGCGUGUGGACAUCAACAAACUCAAAGUCGAGAAUGAACAACUAAAAGCAACACUCAGGAACACAGCGUUUUCCUUUAGCUCUAUCAUCAAAUGCAAAGCAGCACAGGUUCUGUUUUUCACAGCAAUGGCAGAUCAGUGCUGCCAAGAUGGCGGAGAAGGGCCAGAUCACGGCUUUAAUACUGGGACCACUUUUCUGAGCAUUUUGCCCUGGAUCCAGCAGUCAGCCCCAAGGGGAUCUUCCUCCACAUCUGCUAUAGCAGUGCUUUUCAAUCUAUGGGUUGAGACCCACAAGUGGGUCACACCAGGGGGACAGAUGAGCUGCUUUCUUCAGCCAGGCUCCACCUUGCUGUUGGGGGCUUUUUCGGGGAUCCUGCUCCAGGAUCUGAAGGGAGAACUGGAGGACUCCACGGAGGCCCAGGGGGUGGCGGCCCGCCGCGUGACUGCUGAUUUGAGCACAAAAGAGGGGGUAAAUGAAGCAGUCGUAGUGGCAGAAGAGCAGAGAGCACAUAACAUAGAUCACGUGCUUAUCAUCAACAAUGCUGCUUCAUUGGGUGGUGAUGUUUCCCGCAAUGCCCAAACCUUCACGGAUAUAGAUGAGGUGAAUUCCUACCUUUCUUUAAGCUCUGUUAUGGGGCUGACAGCAGGUAUCCUGCAGGCAUUUUCAACUAGAUCUGGUCUGCGAUGGAGUGUAGUCAACAUCUCCUCACUGAGUGCCCUGCAGGCCCAGCUAUCUUUGGUUCUGUACGGCAUCAGGUAAGCAGCCAGAGAAAUUAUGUUCAGGUGUCCGGCUGAGGAGAUACCAGAUCUCAGGGUCUUCAACUUCUCUCCAGCUAAAAACAUGAUUCAGAUGAAUUAA